GGCCUGAUAUCUAAGGACAGAGAACAGGGGCUGGUCUUGGUUAAUUUUUGACUAGAGUGUCAGCUGACUCUCGGAGCUCCUGUAUAUAAUGGGGACAUUUCUGCCAAACAGUCUGCAGCAAAAACGACAUUAAAGGCUGUAAAGAUGCAUGGGAUCUUUGCUAGUUGUGCACUGGCUGCACUGCUACUGGCUGCAGUCUGGGCAGACCACCACCACAGCCACCACAACCAUGGCACUGAACACAGCCAUGAUGGAGAAAUGAGCUGCCACAAGCUGUCUCCUCCCAAUGCUGACUUUGGCUUUGCCCUCUACAAAAGUCUGAAUGCCAAGGCUGCUGCUGGAAAGAACAUCUUCUACUCGCCGCUGGGCAUCUCCACUGCUCUGUCCAUGCUCUCUACAGGGGCCAGUGGUGAAACCCACAGCCAGCUGUUCUCCAGCUUGGGCUACAGUGCUCACAACCAGGCACAGAUCAAUGAAGCGUACGAGCAUCUUUUCCAUAUGCUUGGCCACAGCCAGGAGAACCAGCAGAUGGUUGUUGGAAAUGCUGCUGCAGUGCGCUCUGGUUUCAAUCCUCUGGAAAAGUUCCUGAACGAUGUCAAGCGCUUCUACUCUGGUGAAAUCUUCAAUGUUGACUUUACCAAAUCUGCGGAGGCUGCAGCAGAGAUCAACAGAUUCAUUGCCAGUAAAACACAGGACAAGAUCAAAGAUAUGGUGAAGGACCUGGACCCUGAAAUGGCCAUGGUGCUGAUUAACUACGUCUUUUUCAGAGGACAGUGGGAGAAACCCUUUGAUGGUAACCUGACGAGCAAGGCAGACUUCCGUGUGGACGACACAACCACGGUUCAGGUGGACAUGAUGAAAAAGACCGGUCGCUUCGACUUCUAUCAGGAUGUUGACAACCACACCACUGUCAUCAUGCUGCCCUACAAGGGCAACACCUCCAUGAUGAUCGUCCUGCCUGAUGAAGGCCGGAUGGCGGAGGUGGAGGGCUACAUCAACAAGGACUACCUCAGGCACUGGCAUGACUCACUUUUCAGGAAUUCUGUUGAUCUGUUCCUGCCAAAAUUUUCCAUCUCUACUGAGGCUUCCCUGGACAGCACACUGAAAGAACUAGGCAUAACCAAUGCUUUUGCAGACAAUGCAGAUUUCUCUGGCAUAUCUGAGGAGGUCAAGCUCAAAGUCUCAAAGGUGUCCCACCAGGCUGUGCUGAGCGUGGAUGAAACAGGAACAGAAGCAGCAGCUGCCACCACCAUCGAGAUCAUGCCCAUGAGUAUGCCUGAAACCAUAAAACUUGACAGACCCUUCUUAGUCUUCAUCCUGGAGCACUCAACUAGGAGCAUCCUCUUCAUGGGCAAGAUCAACAACCCCACAGCCAUGUAAAGAUGCUAGGGAAAUUAAUGUUACAAUUGUUACUGUAGUAAGUUUUAGUAUUUUAUUUUGACCUCAGUAUCUGAAAGCCCUACGUAGAGGUCACAGUGAUAUCAAGAGCAUUGUGGGAAAUGGUAAACAGAGGAUAGUUUAAUAAAAAAGACAACAGAGCUUUCAUAAAGUAACAGAAACACACACAAUUACUACCAUCUGUCAUCAGAACAUGGCUGGGUGUAUAAAUGUCCAAAUACAUCAUUGUAUCCAGCUGACUGUUGUAUAUGACUGAAACGUUAGUAGAUGUGUAACUUCAAGGAUCUGCUCACACAUUGAGCUAAGGUGUUAUCGUGCUAUUGCUGUCUCAACAUCGUUCAAUAUGAAGUGAAAUAAAGACUUUUCAUGAACAA